GCUCUCUUCUGCCAAAUUUCUGCUUGUGUCACACAAAAUUUCUUCACGCACGAAAUUUCGCAGUGGACGUCGGAUUGAAAAAUAAAUAAUGAAAACACAACAUUCCUUCAGUUCCGUGUUAUGAAAAACUUACUUUCGGGUCAAAAUUUCCAGUUGCUUCAAAUAUGGAACAGUGAUUCGAGUAGGAAAGUGACCAAAAACAUAAAUUAAAAUGAGUCCAGCGAAUCCAAACCAGAUAUUGCUCAACGUGGAAGAAAGCAUUCGAAACAAAAUCAGCUGGAAGCAGCUGCCCGUGGAGCUGAAAAGGGCUUUGCACGAAAAUGAAAAACGCUACGAGAAGUUAGUACUGGAGUACAGUUUGAAAAACCAGCUACGCUAUCGGGGAAACUUGGUGCAUACAUCCUUUCGGCAUGAGAAGGUCUACUACGAACGGUUGAUCGAGGAGAAUAUCCGGGCUCUGCAUCUGUUUCCGUACCAUCUGGCCGACAUAGUUACCAAGGGCCUCCGGCUGACCCCUUUUAACUAUUACAUUGACAUGUUGGUAUACCUUCUGAACAACGAUCGAAACUAUGAUUCGCUACCGAAUUUCACCGCAGCCGAUUGCCUGAGGGUGGUUGGAAUUGGCCGCAAUGAGUACCUAUCGAUUUCCAGUGAUUUGAAAACCAGCUCCCCGAAGCUGUUUUUCAAACGUAAUCCCUACUUUCUGUUGCCGAAGUUCCCCCGGAGGAUAACGAUCGAGCCCUGGUGGAAGGUCGAGGUUGGGUAUGUGCUGGAGAGUGAUGUACAAUUUUUGGGCGACCAAGAGCUGACGAUUCUGGAUCGGUUGAUCGAUUGCGGACCGCAAACGGCGGGGUCUUUGGAUUAUGAGGUAGUCCAUGGGCUCUAUCGGAGGGGUUUGAUAUAUCUCGACGUGCCAAUAAGCGGAGAAGAUAAAAUAAGCAUUCCACCGCUGCAAAAUUUUGUGAUGAACCGCGUGAGUGGAGAUUAUUUCGAAAAUCUUUUGUAUAACGUUUUCGUUACGGCCGAUGAACAGUCAACGAUGACAGAUUUGGCACACAUCCUGCAGGUCCCACUAGAUACGGUUAAGCAGGCCACCUCGUUGUUCUGUCGAUUGAAUUUUGCUAAGCGGAAACAGAGCAGCGUUCCUGGCAAUGGGGACACGCAUGAAAGUUGGAAAAGCGCAAGACUGGAGAAACAAAUCUCGCAACAGGCAGGCAGUACCAUUUUUAACUAUCAUGCUCUGCUUUUAAAUCAAGAUUCGAUAGAUAGUGAGCUAGCCGAUUUGACUACCGUUAGCUCUCUGGAUAGUCCACGUUUGGUUGAGGAUAGUCCAACUGAAUCAAAUUCCAUUCAGGAGCAGCUUAAAGCUACGGAAGAAGUUCAAAGAUCACCAGAUACCAAACGCGUUGGAUUUAUUUUCGACUCAACUCUCACAGCAUUUCUGAUGAUGGGAAACCUUUCACCUGGACUUAAAACCCACGCUGUAACGCUUUUUGAAGUUGGCAAAUUGUGUGACGAAGGGAUGAACGAUUUCUUGCGAGAGUUGGAGAAAGUGUCAAUCCUGGAUGCUGACGGAGAAGGGGAAGUAAGUCGAUAUUUUCACCAUGCCAUUAUCUUACGAUCUACAAUUGUGGCCCUAAAAAGUGUUUUAAACACCGAGUUGGACCUUUUGCGGUUGGAAAGCUUGGAAGCAUUAGAUCAACGUACAAGAAAUCGUUUGUUGGAGAAAAAAUACAAAUUCCUACUUGCGGCAGCUCCUCUGUCGGGAGUUUUGUCCUCUCCAUUUACCAUUCCGUUCUUCGGUCAAUUCUACCGCACCUCCACUAACUCGCACAUCUGGUCAAAACUAUUCUACUACCACAUGGCCGGUUACGGCCCGCCUAGUCUGCUGCUUGCCAAAGGUACCACACUAACCCAUCUGCCUCAACUGUUCCUGGGCUACGGGAAACUCCUCAUCACUAUCGUCCACACGGAAUCGUUUGUAUUGAAUUCGGAAAAAUUCGCAUCAUUGAAUGAGCAUUUGAAAAACGGAUGCGUCCUCAUACAAGCCUACGGGAUCAAACAGCCAGCUGAGCAGCACUACGAGGUGUUCCCCUUCGAGUUGGAGGUCGGCGGUGGGCUGAUUAGUGAGAAAAGUGCUCGCUGGAGGCAACAUUCGGCAGUGCGGCGACUGGAAAAGGUGCUGGAUAUGAGCAACAGCUUUGGAUAUCUUACUUUUGUACGGACUGGGGUACCGGAUUAUGGUUGCCAAGACUAUGACGAAAAUGUACACUUGACGAAACAGAAAGCGAAAGCCAACAAAGCAAAGGCUCACAAGGUUGAGUUGCAAGAUCAGGAUAAUGCCCAAACUCAAUUGACUCGUUCGGAUACGGUCGGUUCCAUCACUUCGAUUGAAAGUGACGAUGCUAGUCUUAUAGAGGAUAUCCGCCGAAAAAAUCGGGACCCUGGCUUGGGAGAACCGCGACUUGGCGUUGGCUCAACAAAGGGCAGUCUUGGCGUUGAUGUGAACGCAUCAUCGCCACCGGACGUGGACUUGGUGCUACAGCUCGCCGAUGCUAGCCGAAACGCCGAUUCCGAUUCGGACUCACGCGAAAAACUUAACGGAAGCAAAAUGGAGGAAUGGACCUUACUGGACGUGCAUUUCGGAAUUCCGCUCUUCGACGUUGAUUGCAACACCAGCAUAUGCCAAAAUAUAAUUAGAAAGCUCUGUUCUGAAGAGAAUAUCGCCAACAUUUCAGAAAUCAACUCUCAAAUGGAAACUCGUUACCUGAAAUUUAUAUCACAGUGCUUGUACUUUGAAGACGAAAAUAUGGAACUGGUAAAACCGGGCAAACACGUUCCAAAACCAAGAAUCUGUUUGGCGUUCGAAAACGGAAAAAUAAGCUACUGGCACGGCAAAUAAAUGUGCCCUCGUCUUCUGUCCACUCGUCCAAAUUAAGUUUAAGCAAAUUUAGUAUUCAUCAAAAACAAAAUGAAACAAACAGCAUGAUUAACAUUCCCUUUAGUGUUGAAACCUUGUGCAAUUUUAAGUCCCAUUUAAAAAAUAAUACAGAAACAAACCGAUUGUUACCAGGGUAUAGUAGCGUCUACUAACAACCUAUAUUAUCUAGCAUGUACCUACUACUUUUUUCCGUCUUUUUCCUGAAACGAAAGUGCGCACUAAACCGACAUUCCGACCACUUGUCGAUCGGCUUCGAUUUAUUUAAAAAAAAACGUUCCAGCCAUAUUUUAUAUUGCAAACAAGAUUGAUAGAUUAGAACGUUAGUAAACGUAAGAUUAGAAUUUGUAAUAACAUUUACCAACCUGAAUCAAAGAAAGAUAGACAAACUAGAAGAAAAAAUUAAGGCAACAUAUGGUGAUGGGUAAACAAGCAAAAACAAACCGUACUGAAGUUGAUAAGAAGAUACACCUAUUGGAAAAAUUUAUAUUUUUAAAUUAUUAUUUUUUUCAAGCUUAGAGUUUAGAUGCUUUAGCAAUAACCAGCCUCCUGUACAGAUGACAAAGAAUAGCGCCCUGCGUUUGCACCCGCACACCAGUAGCGACGACAGCAGCAGCAGAAAGUUUGCAAUGAAAAUAAAUG